GAGCAUGGCAGGAUGGGGGUUGCCUGACUUGUCACUGGCAAAGCCAAGUCAAUGUCUUGCUGUUUGUCCCCAGGCACUUUUAAGGUGCUGUUCCUCUUCUUCGCCUCCCUGUGCGCCUGGUAUUCCGGGUACCUGCUUGCCGAGCUGAUCCCAGAGGUGCCGCUGUCAAAUGCUGUCUACAGCGUUCAGAGCAUCGGUGCGAAGCCCGUCAUCAAAGCCCCAGCACCCAAAAGACAGAAAUGUGACCACUGGACCCCAUGUCCCCAGAACACCUAUGCCUACCGGUUGCUCAGCGGGGGUGGCAGGGACAAGUAUGCCAAAAUCUGCUUUGAGGAUGAACUGCUCAUCGGGGAAAAGACUGGAAAUGUUGCGAGAGGAAUAAAUAUUGCCAUUGUCAACUAUGUAACUGGGAAGGUGAUAGAAACACGGUUUUUCGAUAUGUAUGAAGGUGAUAACUCUGGACCAAUGACAAAGUUUAUUCAGAGUGCACCUCAGAAAUCCCUGCUUUUUAUGGUCACCCAUGAUGAUGGAAGCAGCAGGCUGAAGGAUGAUGCCAAGAACGCCAUUGAAGCACUUGGAAGUAAAGAAAUCAGAAACAUGAAAUUCAGGUCUAGCUGGGUAUUUCUUGCAUCAAAAGGCUUUGAACUUCCUGCAGGUAUUCAGAGAGAAAAGAUCAACCACUCUGAUAGUAAGAAGAACAGAUAUUCUGGCUGGCCUGCAGAGAUACAGAUAGAAGGCUGUAUUCCACGAGAACCAAGCUAACAUUGCACUUCAUUAAUAAAUGCGUUUUGUGUAAAUGUCACACGGGAU